CCCCCACCCCACCCCCCUAACUCUCUCUCUCUCAUUUUCUUAACAGUCUGCUUACUAAAUGGGACACAGGAGGAUGUGACAUAGCCCAGGAAAAGGUGGACCUGAAGCAAAGUCUUGCUGUGUCCCAGCAUACUCAGCGGAGCAACCAAAAGCAGCUGGAACAGGAAGUGAUACAUUUAAAACAGGAAGUGGCAUCCUUAGAGCUCGAACUGGCGAACACCCAAAAGGUACAGGUGACACUCUUCAGGCAGUCACACGAGGAGCUGAAGGAGGCCAGACAAGAGUCCACAAGAAAGAGUGGAGAGGUGGAUGUACAGAGAAGAAAGGCGCAGAUACUUCAGGAGGAGCUACACAAGGAGCAGGAGAAGAUGAGGAGUGCUAUCAGAGAGAAUGAGACCCUGAGCACUCUCAUCAGGAAGCUGAGCAAAGAGCUGGAGGAGCUACGCAGCAGCCACCAAGUGACAGUGGAGGAGUUGGCAGCUCGUGCAGCGGAGGUGAGGCGGAUGGAGGGGUGCCUGAAUGAAGGAAAGCUAGCAGAGGAGAAAAUAAGGUCAUUGGCUGUGAGGCUGGAGAAGGAGCUGACAGAGGCUGUCGAUCAGAAACUCAAGGCAGAGGGAGAGAAACAGGAUGCGCUGGACCAGGUGAGCACACUCUGGUCAGAGCUGGAGGGGGCACGGUCCGAAAACGCAAAGCUUCUCUGCGAGAGCCGGCUGGUCAUGACUAAUGUCAACCUUUGGAUCAGUGAACAAAAGGCUUCCAGUGAGAGCAUUACUGCCCAGAUGAAGGCCCAAAAUAAAGCACUGCUCAUCAUCACUGAAGAGAGAGAACAUCUUCAGGAGGCUAAUGACACGCUGAAGGCGGAGGUAAAGAGACUGAAAGAAGUGAUGGAUGAGAAGGAGAAAGACAUGGAGCUCUUCAAGGCCCAUCUCCGAGACCGGGGCAUUCAGCAAGACAGGAAAACCACGGAAAAGAAGGGUUGUGUUGCUCUAAACCUCAGCAAAAUCGAGGACAUGCAGACCAGACUGCAAAGCAACCUGGAGGCCAUCGGAAUGCUAAAUCAACAAUUAAGCAUUGUCAGUCAGGAGAAUAAGCAGUUGCGUAGGAAGCUGGAAGAGGAGCGGUCUGUGCAUAGACAAAUGGAGCAGAGUGGGCCCCUCCCUCCUCCCCCUCCAGCCUCCAUCCACCUCCCACUCUCCUUCAGUGUCAGCCCUCCUUCUAUCUCUGCCUCCUUUCCCUCAUCCUUGGGCCUGCCUCGUCUUCUGAGCCUAGACCCAGUAACAGGGGACACUAAUGGGACUCAAACCAAGCCGAGUACAGUUGGAGAAGAGAAGCCAGGGGACAAGCAGGCAUCUGGCCAAAUGAAGCGCCCUGAAGACUUUGACCUGUCAUGGCUUUUUGACCUUCAGCUGCUUGCCGGGGAGCAUACCCAGGAUGAGGUUAAUGUCCUGCGGGUCAAAGUCAAGUCCCACAGUUCUUUGUGCCUGAGGGUGCUCAGAACCAGAAAAUAA